UCACCCUGAGUCAGCCAGCCCGGGCGCUCCCACUCCCCGGACGCCGCGCGGCGGAGGGGAGGCGGAAGGCGCCCCCCGCUGGAGAGCCGGAGCCCCGCGCGAGUUCCGCAGCACGCACCGAGCGGAGCCGGGGUCGGGCUGGGGACCGCGGGGUGGGGGCCGGACCACGGUGGCGCCGGGGAGAAACGCGCGCUGCCCUGACCCGGCGCCCCCCCGCCGGCUGCGCGGAAUGGUACGGACCGGCCGGAGUUAAAGCCCGGGAGGCUGCGCGUCCCGCGGCGGCGGCGGCGACGUUGGCGGCGACGAUGGGGUUGCGUGCGGGAGGAACGCUGGGCAGGGCCGGCGCGGGUCGGGGGGCGCCCGAGGGGCCCGGGCCGAGCGGCGGCGCGCAGGGCGGCAGCAUCCACUCGGGCUGCAUCUCCGCGGUGCACAACGUGCCACUGAGCGUGCUCAUCCGGCCGCUGCCGUCCGUGCUGGACCACGCCAAGGUGCAGAGCCUCGUGGACACGAUCCGGGAGGACCCCGACAGCGUGCCCCCCAUUGAUGUCCUCUGGAUCAAAGGGUCCCAGGGAGGUGACUACUUCUACUCCUUCGGCGGCUGCCACCGCUACGCAGCCUACCAGCAGCUGCAGCGAGAGACCAUCCCUGCCAAGCUUGUCCAGUCCACUCUCUCGGACCUAAGGGUGUACCUGGGGGCAUCCACACCAGACUUGCAGUAGCAGCCUCCCUGGCAACUGCUGCCACCUUCAAGAGCCCAGAAGACACACUUGGCCUCCAGCAGGCUGGGCCAUGCAGAAGGGAUAGCAGGGGUACACUGUCUUUGAACCUGGGGAGAGGGUCUGACUCUGGGCACCCUCUCGCCAGCUGCAAGGCCUUGGACUCAUUGUACAGUGUUGGAGCCCCAGUUCCCACGUCUGUGACAAUAGGAUCAUGGCCUUACCCUUGAAGCAUUACUGAGAGGAUGAAAUGAGAACAGAAAUGGGCUUGGACGCUGCCCGGCUCCAAAUUCCCAAGGACAAGGACCCCUCUGCAUUUUGCAUAUGUAUAGACAAAUAUAAGACAUAUUAUAGACAUAUUGAACCUCGUAUGGACUGCAUUCAGCUGCGAGGCAAGGGAAACCUUGGUUGCAGUGGUUUAAACAAGCAGAAGAUGGAUUUUCUACAUAGCAUGGAUUCUGGAGAUGGGUGGCCGACGGUUGGUUCGGCAGCUCCGUGAUGAUAAGGGCCCAUCUUGGAUCCUCUGCCUUGCUCUCAUGGUCCCAAGAUGGCUGCUGUAUCCCCAAGAAUCGUGUCUGGAUUCAAGGAAGGAGGGGUGGAGGAAGAGGAAGGGCCAAACUAGCUGGACCUGUCACUUUUU